GAACCGUCUUUGGGUGGGCUGCUGAGGAUGCACGAUUUUCGAAAAUCAAUGCAGUACCGAGGUGCCAAGCCGAGGUCCCCUGCAGUGCAUCGCCGAGGUCCUCGCAUGAGCGCGCACUCUGCGGCAAGAGGCAAACCGCGCAUGCUGGACUGCGCCACGCUGAGACAACCUAGCUGGACUGCAGAUUUCUGCGCAAACACGGCGGCCAAGCGCCUGAGCACGCACGGCGCGACCACGCCACUCGAGCCGUGUGUGCUCACAGCUGCCACCCUGCAGGUGCAGAGCAAAUUCGCUGACUCUACGCCCGCCGGGCAAACUAGAGAGAGGGAGAGAGAGAGAGAGAGAGAGAAAGAGAGAGGGAGAGAGGGAGAGAGAGGGAGAGAGGAACAAAAAAAAGGCGAAGCGAAGGCCCGGACAACACUCGCGCCUACGACGCGACGGCCCGGGCACGGCAGGGCGGCACCACUGGCUGCGGUCCCCGCUUUGUGGGAGCGGCUGAUGCUGCGGUGCUCGUCCUUCCCCCACGCCACUAGAAGGGAAUUCGCGCGUGCGUGCCCCUUCCCGGUGAAGACGGCGGGACUCGCAGAGGUGCCCAACGCAAGUGGGGGAGGACAGAAGAGGGAGGAGGAGGUGGAGGAGGAGGAGGAGGAGGAGGAGGAGGAGGAGGGAGGAGGGACGAUCAACUACAAGCUUGCAGAAAGCCUCGAUGCCGAAGCAGAGGAGCCAAUGCCAAUAGCCGCUACAAUACAGCAAACUGAAGCACCACGCGCACGGCUAUACCUUGAUAGCGAGCUACUCCAGAUUUCCCAUGGGUGCAACCUCACGCCCACCACCCUGAGGCACACAACCAUGCCAUGCCGGCCUAGGGCCAGUAGGACAUGCAAAGCCGGAAGGGGCCCGGCGACCGGCGAGCUCCAUAUGGCCGAAGCUCGGCGGAGGGCGGGCGCCGCUGUCUUCAGGAGCGCUGCUGUCCCCCAAGAUCAGGAGGAGGAGGAGGAGGAGGAGGAGGAGGAGGACAGGGCGACCUGGCCUGCGGGCGGUUUGCUGCGAGCGCGCGUCGGCUCCACGGCUCCACCGAGAACACCGUCCGCAGCGCAGCCAGAGCGGCCCAUACUGGAGUCGGCACAGACAAGACUGCCCGUGCACAUCCUGCCCGCCCGCCCCCCCCAAAAAAACGCAGGGUGGACGACCCGGGAGAGCAACAGCAGCAGGGGACAGAGGAGGGAACGACACCCGGGACAAGGACGAGCCCGGGGCUGGGGGAAAAGAAGAGAGCGAGCGACAGGGGAGACGACCGAAGGCGCGGCAGAGGGAGGGAGGGCGGAGGAAACACUCCGUGGGGGCCAAGCUCGUACAUCUACAAGACAUUCGAAGGCCCAAAGGCUAUCCUCAGGAUGAGGAUCCAGAACGCCUGGGCGCGCUGGCCCCGAAGCUACACCGAAAACUGGUGCACUGCCCGGGGCCCCAAGCCCGAGCACGAAUGACCCGAGCCUGGGCCCACGGACUCCUCUGCACCGGGGAGACGGCACGCGCUCUCGUCGGGCGCUCUGGGCCGCCACGGCCGCGGCCAGGUCGCUGGCCUGCGCGCACAAAUCGCCACUGCGAAACAGACGAGGAGGGGGAGGGGGAGGGGGAGGGGGAGGAGCGAAACGAGAAGGAGGAGGGACGAGGAGAGGGCGUCCUGGGAAAACAAGAACCACCUCGGGAUGUGGGGUAAACAUACUCCAGCGGCCGUCAUAGUUGACCUCGCCUGUGGUGAAACACGCAAGCACGGUCACAACCAUGCCUCCAACCUCCGAUAGAGAAAAACGCAAGUAAGCAUAUCACCCCCGUGGUCGCAGCCCGUUCGUCCUAGCUGAAGCAAGCUGGUACCAAACGGUGUCGUCGUAACAUAUGGCGCCGUACACUUUCUGCAUGUCUUGAAACCUACACAUGGGCGAGAUCUGCUAGCUGAAAUCGCUCGCAUCCAUGGCCGAUGACUCUGCCUGAGCCCGUCCUUCUGCUAUCAGGGACUGCUUGGCUUCAUCCUUUUGAGUAGAUUCAUCCGCUGGAUGAUGUCGGAGGCCAUCGCUGCCAGAAUGCGACGGCCAAGGUAGCCAACCGACAGGGGACUUGUUGAACUUCGUGAUGGCACCCCCCAGCGAGGCCACCGCAAAGAGCACGGUAAACAGCGCCACCACCCACCAGCCGAGCGGCACCUCCUGCGCCGCUGGCGUAGCCGAUGUCGUAGUAGUCGUAGUCUCCGCCGAGUGUGCCGCUCGGUCGGCCAGUUUUCCCCGCGCUUCGAGCCCGUCCCUGUACCUCUGCAGGUUGCGCUGCACGUGCUCCCUGGAGCAGUUCCUGCAAUUGCGCGGAGAUGCGACCGCCUUGUCUCCCUCGUUCCCCGCGUGGUCGAUGUUCACGAUCUCGAGCCUGUCCUUGGUCAGCGUCAUGAUCAUGUAGCCGUACUGCGAAUCUCCAGCCAAAUGAGGCAUGUAGUCAGACGUAAUGCCACCCCCACCCCCAGACACGACCCAGACGGUGGGUGCCAAGAAAUUCGUGUCGUCAUUACCGUGAACCUCCUGCCGGUGCAGAUGACCAGUCAGAAAAGCAUCUAUUCCAUAGUCAUCGGACAGACUCCUGAAAAGGACUGGCGCGUACACUGGUGGGAAAUGCGUGACUACGAUCUGCCAACCUGCUGAAGAGUUCGACAAAUGCAGAUGAACCCAUUCCAGCUGAUCUUGCCACAAUUGAUCGAACCAAUCCUUGCAAUCGAAAACUCCAGCUGGUCCACCUUCAGCUGAGCAGUCUGUAUCCUCGUUAUAAGCGUAGCUGCAGAUGUUUGAGCCCAUUUUCGUGAACGGGUCGAAUGCGUCGAAGAUGUUCGAGUCGAGGAAAAAAUACUCGACGGAGAAAUUUACAUAGUGAACCGUACUGCGCCAAUAGAGGGCGGGCGUGACCCAACGACUUGGUUUUCCACCUUUGGGAUCCUUCCAGGUGUACAGGAUGCUCUGGUCCCAAGCAUUGUUGUACAGGAACCCUCCGUAGUCGUGGUUUCCUAGCACACCGAGCCACUGAAGCCCGUCAAUGCCAUCGCCGGUGUAGAUGGCCUCGAAAAUGUCGUCCCACUGGGCCGAGAAAUUACUCAUAUUGAGGCGUGUCGCACAGCACUUCUGUUCCACUCCACCCCAGUAGAAAUUGUCUCCGACGUUUAUGAUGUAGUCCGGAUGCAACCUCGCGGCUCCCUCUUUCAUCUGGUCAGCGACCCUCUGCUGCGCUCGGUCGUCCAGGCCGUCGAAGAAGCUGCGCUUAUGGAAACCCUCCUUCCGGUGAUCUGCGGUGACGGGCCCCUUCUCCGGAUCACCAGAGGCCAGGCCGCCCCAGUCACCGAUGAUGAACACUCGGUGCGCGCCCGUGGAGUUGAUGCAGGUGUCAGGCAGUCGCACCCCGUUGAGCUCCACAACGGUCCGAGCAGGGCGCGGCGGCUCGAAGUGGGCGUUGCAGAGGUUCCAGUCCACACCUGUCCCAUGCUUCUUCCAGGGUUCGUCCGAGGCGUUGGGAGCGUUGCCUCCGCAGACGUCCUCGAAGUCGGAGCAGCACGUCUGCUCCUGAACGCACUCGGAGUCGCACUGGCAAUUCUGAGAGCCGCUGUAGCCACCGCACCCGUAGUCCCCGCAGGACGAGUUGAGGGUCUUGGGCAAGCAGACCACCUGGAAGUCCGAGCAGCAGUCGCCGCGGUCUUCACAGUUCGCGUUGCACUGACACUCCUGUUCCGCGUUGAAAUCCCUGCACCCAACGAUUGCGCAGAAAACUUAUGUUGUUGUGCUUGUGCUAGUCCAUGUCGUGCUCGUAGAGUUGGCCGCUAUCUGCGGGACCGUGGCCAGACAUAGUAGAAAGAGCCUCCAGGACAUCUUGAGGCACAAGGCUUGAGCCAAGAAUGUGAU